AUGAAGUCGUUUUGCCUCCUUCUAACCAUCGCCGCCACGGUCACUGCUCUCCCGCAGUCACUAGCCACGGUCAACAAAGUCCCAAAAAUCCGAGGUACGAAGCCCAUCAGCCCAGACCUAGCUCUUCUGACCAAAACAGUGAAACCGCACCGUCGCGCCAACCAGAUUAUCCCCGUAGUUGUCGGCGGACCUCAGGACACUUUCGUCCCGAACUCUGUCGUCGCCGCCGUGGGGGACAUCAUACAGUUCCAGUUCAGUAACGGCAACCAUACCGUGACCCAGUCCACCGCGGAUACGGCAUGCACGCCCAUGGAGGCCGGGGUGCACAGCGGCCACAUACCGUUCCAGGACGGCCAGACAGAAGUGGGGACGUUCAACGUGCCAGUGACGAGCACGGACGCCAUGUUCUUGUACUGCGCGACGGGCCCGCAUUGCCAGGAGGGACAGGUGAUGAUUGUCAACCCUGCAAGCGCCCAGCAGGUGGCCGACUACGCCAAGCUCUCGCAAGCAACGGAGAAGAGUACCGACGGGGGUGAGCCCGUCGGCGGCAGCGCAGGGAAAAUCGCUUUGGAUCAGGCUGCAUUCACGCCUGCGCCGCCUGAGGAGGCUGCUGCUGGGGGACCACCACCUGCAGCUGCACCACCUACCGAGACGCCGGCCGAAGCACCGGCCGAAGCACCAGCAGCCGGCAAUGCGACUGCGCCCGCAGAAACAACGGCUGGGAUGGGUGGACAGCCGCCUGCGGAGACAUCGGCGGCAGAGAGCGCUGCAGCUCCAGCGGAAACACCUGCUGCCGGAGAGGAUCAACCUGCUGCCGGAGAGCAUCAACCUGCUGCUCCGGCAACGGCUGCGGAGGGAGAAGCAACGGCAUCUGCGUCACCUACUUCGUUUGUCUUCCUUGCAUGA